CGCUGAGAGACCGGCGCGCCCCUGUGUGAGGGAGUCCGUGGCGACGCCAUGGCGUCGCUCAAUUGUAGCACCAUCGUCUGCGUCAUCUGCUUGGAGAAGCCCAAAUACCGCUGCCCCGCCUGCCGCGUGCCGUACUGCUCCGUGACCUGCUUCCGGAAGCACAAAGAGCAGUGCAACCCUGAAACUCAUCCUGUUGAGAAAAAAAUAAGAUCAGCUCUUACUACAAAAACUAUAAAGCCUGUGGAAAAUAAAGAUGAUGAUGAUGACUCCAUAGCUGACUUUCUCAAUAGUGAUGAGGAAGAGGACAGAGUUUCUUUGCAGAAUUUAAAGAAUUUAGGAGAGUCUGCAGCACUAAGAAGCUUACUGCUCAACCCACACCUUAGACAGUUGAUGGUCAGCCUCGAUCAGGGAGAUAACAAGGCAAAGCUCAUGAGAGCCUGCAUGCAGGAGCCCUUGUUUGUGGAGUUUGCUGACUGCUGUUUAAGGAUUGUGGAACCAUCUCAGAAUGAGGAUUCUUAAGAUGGAUUAUUCUGCUGUCUGCUCAAGCAUGUGCUUGACUCUCGGAACCUGCCUGCUCCUUCUCCCGGGAGACCAGCUAGUGUAGGGCCCUAAGCAAUGGCGGUGAUGCUCAGACCGGCUGAUGUAGGGUAGGUCAUGCAGGUCUUCACCUCCAUGGCCAUGGGCUUGCGUUUCAGCCAGAUGGGGGUAUUCAAGAUAGCAAACCAUUUAUGGAAAGAAAACUUCAGAUGGUUGUUUUUAAAUGUUUUAUUUUUGGUACAGUUAAGGUAGACAUCAUCAGUGAUAUCAUUUAUCAAGUUUCACACCCAUUUGAGUUAAAACUUGCUCAGUGUUAUUAAAUAAAAUCAAGAUAUGGUGGUUUUAUGGUA